AUGAGAGUGACGUGUCACUACUGUAGGAUCACACUCUGUUCCGAUUAGAAAUGGCGGCGCCCAUGGCAGUACAGGCUGCAAGAGUUUUGAGAAGUUUGACAGCUAAGAGCGCCCUGCUGUGCCCAGGACAGGGUGUCCAGGUGACCUCCAGAAGAUGUCUAAACCUCCAGGAAUACCAGAGUAAAAAGUUGAUGGCUGACAAUGGGGUCACUGUCCAACGGUUCUUUGUUGCUGACACAGCCAAUGAUGCCCAGGAGGCUGCCAAAAAGCUGAAGGCCCGAGAGAUAGUUUUAAAGGCUCAAAUUUUAGCUGGUGGAAGAGGAAAAGGCGUCUUUGACAGUGGAUUAAAAGGAGGCGUCCAUCUGACUACUGACCCCAACAAGGUAGGCACUCUUGCCAAGCAGAUGAUAGGAUACCAUCUUACCACAAAGCAAACUGCAAAAGAAGGUGUCAAAGUCAACAAGGUGAUGGUUGCAGAAGCACUUGAUAUCUCAAGGGAAACCUAUUUUGCUAUAUUAAUGGACCGUGAGUGUAACGGUCCUGUUCUUGUGGGCAGUCCUAAAGGAGGCGUGGAUAUCGAAGAGGUUGCAGAAAAAACUCCAGAACUUAUAUUUAAGGAGGAAAUAGACAUUUUUGAAGGUAUAAAGGAAGUACAAGCAUUGAGGAUGGCAGAUAAUUUGGGAUUUAAAGGACCUCUUCAGAAACAGGCUGCUGAUCAGAUAAAGAAGCUGUACGAUCUUUUCCUGAAAGUGGAUGCUACUCAGGUGGAAGUUAACCCUUUUGGUGAAACUCCAGAAGGACAAGUUGUAUGCUUUGAUGCAAAAAUUAAUUUUGACGACAAUGCGGAAUUCAGACAAAAAGACAUAUUUGCCUUGGAUGACACUUCAGAGACUGAUCCUAUUGAAAAUGAAGCAAAUAGCUAUGAUUUGAAGUAUAUCGGAAUGGAAGGAAACAUCGCUUGCUUUGUGAAUGGUGCAGGUCUUGCUAUGGCAACGUGCGAUAUCAUCGAGUUGUACGGCGGUAAGCCAGCCAACUUCCUGGACCUUGGAGGAGGUGUAAAAGAAUCACAAGUGUACCAGGCCUUCAAACUGCUCACUGCAGACUCCAGGGUAGAAGCAAUUCUUGUUAACAUUUUUGGAGGCAUCGUCAAUUGUGCUAUCAUUGCGAACGGAAUAACAAAAGCUUGCAGAGAACUCGAACUGAAGGUUCCGCUAGUGGUGAGACUUGAAGGAACAAACGUCCAUGAAGCUAAGAGAAUUCUGAAUGAGAGUGGAUUGCCUAUAACCUCAGCUAGUGACCUUGAUGACGCUGCCCAGAAGGCUGUCUCAAGCAUCACUAGAAAAUAAUGUCAUCUAAACACGUCACCAGAAUAUCGGAUGAAGGGAUACGAGAUCUAAAAUAUGAAUGUAUUUUGACUCCUCUUUUGGUACCUGCAUAAUUGAUACAAUUUGGUAGCAUUAACAGACACACAAGGAAUCUUCGUUUCAUGUGCGCAACCUUUUGUAAAUUACCAUUUACACGUUUCCUCACGGUGGUUAAAUCUAAUCAGCCAUUCAUUUUAUAUAAAUAAUGGGAUCAAAAUUUAUAUUUUUGCUAACCCUGUUUUACUUUGUUGGGAGUCAACUAAAAAGUAGAGUAGACUGUAUUUUAUAUGGCACUUAAAACAAUGUAUUUCUUGUUAUACGUACUGUAUGGCGUUUAUAUUGCCUAACACUCACAAUGUCUGUGCCUGUAUUGGAAUUAUUCCCACAGGUAAAUCAUAUAUAUGACCAUUAAGCCUUUUAUUAGCUGAUAAAAUAUUGUAUAGAUAUUAUCUCUCUGUAUCAAGUUGUUCGACUGUUAACAUGGAAGAUAGCACUUUCUGCUGUCAGCAUUAUACUGUAUGAAUAAAUCCGCUGCUAUUUAGAAAAAGGAAGGAUAACGAUCAGUACGGAACUGAAGAGCCUUGUUUUCUACUGCAUUGGUUAUGAAACAGAUUGUACGGGUAUAUAUAUAUAGAUAGGUUUUAAAGUUCUCCAUUUUUACUACAAUUUGUGUUUUGGAAACUCCAAUUUAAUGAUGUAAAGGUACGGUAAAUGUUCUUUCAUAUCAGCAACUGGAAAAUAAGGCAUCCGCAGGGGUGUAAAUUAGCAACUUAAGUUAUUCCAAAACCUUAGCCUAUUUAGUGUUAAGUGUAAACUGCAUUAAAAAAAGAAUGUUUAUGGCCCUUUAAGGCUAAGGUAUGUGUCAUGUUUUCAUUGGCUAAGAAAAUCACAUGCUUCAGUCAGAUCUCUUGUCUCUAGUUAACCCUUCACAUACAUCAUCUUUGAUCUAAAUCUAUCCUGACAUUUCUAACAACAAACGAAAGUAAUAAAUAUGUUUUUCUUGA